AUGACCAGAUUAAAGCAAGCAGUGCAACUCCUGUCAACAGCAAUGAGCCCGAUCGUCUUCCCACUGAUGAGCCUCCUCCUCGGCCUGGCUCAGGCCAGCUGCCUCGGGGGACAUUGCGGCAUCAGUCGCUCCUACAGCGUCCCGAGCCACGGAUUUGGCGGAGGACGCGCCGGAUCCCUCGGAGGCGCCUCCUUUGGUAGAGGCGGAGGCGGGUCCUUCGGCGGAGUUAGCACCCGCUAUAGUGCCCCGCACAGCAGCUUUGGAAGCGUCGCUGGGACACUGGGUGGAUUUGGCGGAGGCAGCCAUCGAUCUUUCGGGGGCGUCAGCACGAGCUAUGGCGUCCCAACGCGAAGCUUCGGAAGUUUCGGUCGACGUGGAGUAUCAGGUGGAUCCUUUGGGGGUGGAUCCUUCGGGGGUGGAUCUUUCGGAGGAUUCUCCGGUGGAGUAAGCUCUGUCUACGGUCCCCCAAGACACAGUUUCGGAGGAUCUACUGGAUCUUUCGGGGGUGGCUUUGGAUCUAGCGGAUUUGGAGGAGGAUCCUUCGGUGGUGGAUCCCUGGGAGGCAUCAGCACGUCUUACGGCGUACCCACCAGAACCUUUGGAAGCAGUGGGGGCUCCUUCGGCGGCAGUUCCUUUGGAUCUGUCGUUCAUGGCGGCGGAUCCUUCGGAGGCCUUGGAGGUGGUCGUGGCCUGUCCUCUAGCUACCUGCCUCCUCACGGGAAGUAAAGGCCCAGGGAAGUCCUGUGCGCCCGGCCUGGACGCGGAAAAUAUUAUUUAUUAUCUAGUAUGGCAAGUGAGAAUAAAACAUAAA